UUCGCUACUUUGCAAACCAAAUACACAUAUAAAUAUAAUUUGCCCCCAUUGCCCCAUUUCUUAAUUUGCUUGCUUGCUUUCUUCUUCAAAUUGACUGUCUUUCAAUCAUUUAUUGUCUGUCUCCUACUACCCCUUUCACCCACCUCCCCCUUCUCAUUAAUCAUUGUCUCUUCCCCCUAGCUAACUACUUAAUUCUACAUUUAUUACUUCCCAUCUUUUUCAUCUACGUUACCCCUCAUCUACCAAGUAUUUGAAUUGUUUUUCCUAAGUAAGAUACCUGCUAUACUAUACAGUUUCUGAUUUUGCUGAAUUUUGUGAGGUUUUCUUGCAAUUUGGCCAUCUGGGUAUUGCACUUCAGGUUCAUUACAAUGUUCUUUUUGUUAUUGCUGACAGUUCAAAUUCUGCAUUCUUUGCUUUAAGAUCAAGAAAAUCAUUAAAAAAUCAGUCUUUUUAUGUGUGUUAUGCCUUGGAGUAACUGGUAAAGUUGUCAUGUGAUGGUCACGGGUUCAAGUUGUGGAAACAGCCUCUUGCAGAAAUGCAAGGUAAGGUUGCGUACAAUAAACCCCUAUGGUUUGGCAUUCUCGGAACCUGCCCAGAGCGGGAGCUUUACUGCACCAGAUGCAUUUUUUGUGUAUUUGUUCUUGGAAAUAGAUAUGAAGGUUGCUGUUACUAGUAGUUGAUGCCUUUGUAGUUUAGCUCAAGAAGAGAAGGAUGGGCACAAAGUUCCAAUUCUUGUCAGUUUUAUUCUAUGCAGCUUUGUUUUGGUUAGCAAGUAGUGAACCAUUUGAAGACAAACAAGCACUUCUUGAUUUUCUUGAUAAUGUUAGCCAUUCGCGCAAUCUGACUUGGGAUGGUACAACUUCUGCUUGUAGUUCUUGGAUUGGAGUCACUUGCAACCAUGACAAAUCAAGAAUUAUAGCAAUCAGGUUGCCUGGAGUUGGAUUCCGUGGUUCGAUUCCUGUAAACACUCUUAGUCGUUUGUCUGCUCUUCAGAUCUUGAGUUUAAGGUCUAAUAGUUUUAGUGGUCCUUUGCCUUCGGAUUUUGCAAACCUUGGAAAUCUUACUUCUGUUUAUCUUCAGUCCAAUAACUUUCAAGGUCCAUUGCCUGCUGAUUUUUCUGCUUGGAAAAGCCUUUCGGUUUUGAAUUUGUCGAAUAAUGAUUUUAGUGGGAGUAUACCUUCUUCAAUAUCUAACUCGACUCAUUUGACUGCUCUGGUUCUUGCUAAUAACUCAUUCUCUGGUAGUAUUCCUGAUCUCAAUCUCCCUAGUUUGCAAGUAUUAGAUCUAUCCAACAAUAACUUCACUGGAAGUGUCCCUGAUUCUCUUCGAAGAUUUCCUGGUUCAGCUUUUGCUGGUAACCGGCUUUCUCCUGCAAAUUCUUCACUUCCGUUUCCUCCAGUUGCUCCUCCAAGUGUCCCACCAAAAAAGAAAUCGCUUAAACUCCGUGAACCUGCAAUACUUGGGAUCGUUAUCGGAGGAUGUGUCUUAAUUUUCUUGGUAGUAGCUAUAGUGCUGAUUAUUCGCUAUUCGAAGAAAGAGGGUAAAAGUGGGGACACAGAGAAAUCAGUCAAGAAAGAAGCUGCAGUCAGGAAGGGAGCUUCCAGCAGUCAGCAUGGAGAAGGGAAUCUUGCAUUCUUUGAGGGUUGUAAUCUUGCAUUCGACCUUGAAGAUCUGUUGAGAGCUUCAGCAGAAGUGCUUGGAAAGGGAACAUUUGGCACUACAUAUAAGGCAGCUUUGGAGGAUUCUAACACAGUUGUGGUGAAGAGAUUGAAGGAGAGCGUGGGAAGAAAAGAUUUUGAGCAGCAGAUGGAGCUUGUUGGCAAUAUCAGGCACGAGAAUGUGGCUCCACUGAGGGCAUACUACUAUUCCAAGGAUGAGAAGCUCAUGGUAUAUGAUUUCUACAGGCAAGGGAGUGCAUCUUUGAUGCUGCAUGCAAAGAGGUCUGCUGAUCGAAUUCCUCUGGACUGGGAAGCCCGACUACGAAUUGUCAUUGGUGCAGCUCGAGGCAUUGCUUAUAUACACGGACAGUCUGGGGGAAAGCUUGUCCAUGGGAACAUAAAAUCCUCAAAUAUAUUCCUUAAUUCCCAAGGGUUUGGCUGUAUUUCUGAUCUUGGCUUGGCAACUGUAAUGAGUCCAAUUGUUCCACCAGUCAUGCGAGCUGCAGGUUAUCAACCUCCAGAAGUUACAGAUUCAAGAAAAGUGUCUCAAGCCACUGAUGUCUACAGCUUUGGCGUCCUAGUACUUGAACUUCUCACUGGAAAGUCACCUAUACAUGCCACAGGUACUAACGAGGUUGUCCACUUAGUCAGGUGGGUACAUUCUGUCGUUCGUGAGGAGUGGACUGCUGAAGUAUUCGACGUGGAGCUUUUGAGGUAUCCAAACAUAGAAGAAGAAAUGGUAGAGAUGUUACAAAUAGGUUUGACUUGUGUAUCCAGAAUGCCCGAGCAGAGACCAAAAAUGUCAGAAGUCGUAAAGAUGGUCGAGGGAGUUAGGAGAGUGAAUACGGGGACUCUGCCAUCCACUGAAGGUUCUACCCCGAACUUAACACCACCUAUGACUGAAAUAGGCUCAUCAUCUAUUACACAUUGAUAUUCCUUAUCAUAUAGAGAUUAGUUACUGUUCUAUAUCCUCCAUUGUUUCAUAGUUAUGAGUUUAAAGACAUUGCUUGUCAUUCUUUUGAGUUUUUUCCAUCUUAGAUUUCCUUAAAACUUCUGCCAAACAUUAUUUCAGCUACCAAAUUGAAUAGUGAUCCUGGUUAGUUA